AUGACGACGGCGCCGAACGCGACUGACACGACGCUGAGCGAGGAGGGCCGCCAGAUCGCCCUCGAGGAGCUCCGGGAGACGGAGCAGACGCGCACCCAGGCGCUGGCCGCCAUGCGCGAGUGGGUGGACCAGAACGCCGCCAUCAUCCGCUGCCGCACCGAUGACAACUUCCUGCUGAGGUUCCUGCGGCCCAAGAAGUUCUCGCUGCCCAUCGUGCAGGAAGCCAUGACGCGCUACCUGGUGCUGCGCCAGGCCCUGCCGCCCUUCCGUCGCCUGGACUGCGAGGACCCCGCCGUGGCCGCGCUCAUCGACAAGGGCUACGUGUUCCCGUCGCCGCGGCGCGACCACAAGGGCCGCCGCGUCAUCAUCUACCGGCCCGGCGUGUUCGACCCCCACCAGCAGACCAACGAGGACAUGUGCCGCAUCCACGCCAUGGCCAUCGAGGUGCUGCUGGAGAACGAGGAGGACCAGGUGCGUGGCUUCGUCCACUUCGCGGACGGGGCGGGGGUCACCCUCCCAUUUCUCACUCUCUUCACGCCCAGGGAAGCAGUGAGAAUCGUCAAAAACGGAGAGCGCACCGUCCCCAUGCGACACAAGGAAGUGUACGGCAUCAAUGUGCCCUCGUCUCUCAAAAUGGCUCUGGAUUGGGGACUGGGUCUCAUCUCCGAGAAAAUUAGAAGCAGAAUUAAGAUAUUCACCUCAUUGGAGAGCUGCUUGGAGCAUAUUGACAGAAAACUUCUGCCGAAAGAAUACGGAGGAGACAUUCCCAUGGAUGAGAUGAUUGCCCUAUGGAAAGAAGAGUUGCGGGCUUUGCGACCCAAAAUAAUGUCUCAUGAUCAGAUGGAGGUCAACCUAGACAUGUUUACAGAGCAGGCUCGGAGUGGUGCUAUUUCAGCACUAAGAACUGGAAAUAUGUUGGUCUCCACACACAAACAAGAUGGUAAAACAGACAUUAAGGGCCUUUCAGGUAGCUUCCGUAAGCUUGAGGUGGAUUAACUUAAGCAGUUUUUUUUCACAUAAUAAAUAAUAUUGUACAGUAAGAUUUUAAGUCAACAGAGGAAAUGGUAUCAUCUUUCCAUCUUCAUGGAUAAUCAAUUAAAUAAAACAUUUAUAUAUACAUCCAAACUAUUAU